UCCCCUUUGUGUUUUAUUGUUGAUUGAUGAUAGACCAAGUGGCUGUUUAUUAUUGGACGCGUUCAACAACUAAUCUUUAACUUUAAUCAUUGAAAUUGUGGUUCCAGUUGCAUCUUAUAAAUUAUAUGAGUAGAAUAACACAGAGGCCAGAAAACAUGACAACCCAUCAGGUUAUUGAUACAGAGAUGUUUGCUGAUAGCGUAGAAUGGUGUCCCUUUAAUCAACAUGCAACAACAUUACUAUGUGGAACAUAUCAGCUACAAGAAGAUGGUAAAACGGAGUCACCAGAAGAAGUCCCCAAAACACCCCAAGUUAGAUUAGGUCAUCUUAGAAUGUAUAAAUUAAAAACAUCUGAUGCUAAUCCACCUGAAUUAGAACUUGUUCAUAAAUUACACAUGCCAGGAAUAUUAGAUAUUAAAUGGUGUCGGUCACUGGUUGAUGAUCAAAUGGUGUUUGGUUUGGUGAAUUCAGUUGGUGAACUUCAGAUCUGGACAUUUAUUGAUGGUGUCAAGGAACCGCAGUUGAACCAUAAGUUAAAACUUGACGAGGGAUGUUUAGGAUUAUCUUUAGAUUGGUCAACUAAACAUGAAAGUGAAAAUCAGAAAGUUGUAGCGUCCGACUCAACAGGAUCUAUUAGUGUAUAUGAUAUUAAUAGUGAUCCCCAAUGUCUACACCGAUGGAAAGCACAUGAUUUUGAGGCAUGGAUCAGUUGUUUUAAUUACUGGGAUAGUAAUAUCAUUUACUCAGGUGGUGAUGAUUGUAAAUUAAAAGGAUGGGAUUUAAGAAAAGAUACCAACUCACCCAUCUUCACAAAGAGAUUCGACAUGGGUGUUUGUAGUAUGCAGUGUAAUUCUUAUAAUAGUAUUAGUCAGAAUAUUAUCGCCACAGGGGGGUAUGACGAAUAUGUAAGAUUAUGGGAUGUUAGAAACUGGAAAAGAGAAUUAAAGGAUAUAAGAUUAGAUGGUGGUGUGUGGAGAAUUAAAUGGGAUCCGUUCAAUGGAACACAUAUACUUACUGCUACCAUGUAUAACGGUUUUCAUAUACUAAACACUUCUAACCCAGACGAAGACAUGUCCAUAGUUACAGAGUAUAAAAUUGAUGAUCAUGGUAGUCUAGGUUAUGGUGCUGAUUGGUGUACAUUACCUGUUAAUAACAUCAGUGAUAAAACUAAUAUAAUACACACUUUAAUAUCUACAUGUUCAUUUUAUGAUCAUUCAUUACACCUGUGGUCACCAGAAAUAAAAUAAUAAUUGACCCGA